UGCUUGGUCGAGAUGUGGAAGUGCGCUCUACUUGUAUUUUGUAGUAUUCUAGUAUUGGUGCAGGGCCAAGAUGAUUGGCUACAGGUGAACAUCACCCAAGGACCGGUGCGCGGGCGUAAGGAUCCUAAUGGUGGUCUCUACGUGUUUUAUAAUAUUCCAUAUGCUACUGCGCCCACCGGGAGAGAUAGAUUCAAGGCUCCCCUUCCUCCUCCUGUACUGGCGGAUUUACAAAUAUGGAAGGCGCGAUGAGACUUCCCUAUUUUGAUGACUGGAAAGUUCAAAUGAAUGAGAAAUUCUCAGACUUCUUACCAGAGAAAGAAGAGGUUGCCCACAGAGUCAAACAAUUUUAUUUUGGAGAUAACGACGUGAGUGAAGACACCAUGGAGCAAUUUCUUCUGUACUUUACUGAUGUGUUAUUUGCUUAUCCAAUGUUGAAAUCUUUGUCAGCUCGAGUAGAAGCUUUAGGUGACACAAUUUAUCUAUACGAGUACUCGUUUGUGGACGAAGAUACACCAAGUUUUCCCCAUACUAAUAUUCGUGGGGCUCAGCAUUGCUUCCAAUCAAGAGCAGUUCGUGACCAAGAUCUGACUGGUAGAACAGAUGAAUACAGGCGGAUGGUACAGAUAGCCAGAGAGUACACACUCAACUUUAUACUCACUGGAUCUCCAACAUCAACCGAUGCACGAUUUCCAUUAUGGCGUCCAGCGAACGCUCAAAGGUCUCCUCACAUGUCAAUAGGUCCUGUCAUAGAACUGAGGGACGAUAUUUUGGGAGACAGGGCAGCAUUGUGGGACUCCAUCUACGAGGAACACUACCGGGGUCCUCUAGUGCCUGAUGGUUAUACUGGCGGUGCCUCCUCUAUAAUGAUCUCGAAAAUAAUAAUUUUAAUUGUAGUUACCAUUGGCAUGUUAAAUUGGUGACAAAAUUAGAAGCUAGAUCUGUGUCUAAUAUGAAAUAAGUGUAAUUGUUAUAGGUAACUUUGAAUACGUUAGGUAAAUGUACAAAAAUGUAUUUGAUAAGUAUAUUAAAAUAAGUGUACUAAAAUGGUGACUUUUUGUUUAAUGUGAU